CACUCCUUUUACAACUCCAAGGCUCCAAAAUUGAGGUGAGACUUUGGAUAGGAAGGAGUAAUAACAAUAAUAUUUCAUUCAUUCAGAGACAAAAAAAACUUUCAACUUUCAACCACAAACUAAACUAAAUCAAAACCAAAACCAAAUAAUGGGGACUGAUUCCCCAUUGCCAAAGCUGCUUCUCACACAUCUUCUCUGUUCCACAACAUUCUUUUGCAUCUUCUCAAGCUUUGGAUUUGCAGCCACACCCAAGCUUCACACAGAAGAAGUGAAGGUGCUGAGAGAGAUAGGAAGAAAGCUGGGGAAGAAAGAUUGGGACUUUGGGAAAGACCCAUGUAGUGGAGAAGGAAACUGGAGGGUUUUAACUGGUCGGAAAGGCUCUGAGAGUUCAGUUAGUUGUGAUUGUUCCUUCAACAACAAUUCCUCUUGCCAUAUCGUAAGCAUAGCUUUAAAGGCCCAGAACAUAUCAGCUAGUCUUCCACCAGAGUUCUCUAAGCUUGCUUACCUUAGUAUACUAGAUUUGAGUCGAAACUAUUUCACGGGUUCUAUACCUCACGAAUGGUCUACGAUGCACUUGACCGAGCUUUCUUUGAUGGGCAACAGAUUGUCUGGUCCAUUCCCAAAAGUUCUCACCAAUAUUACCACCCUCAGAAACCUGAGCAUCGAGGGAAACCUAUUUUCAGGACCCAUUCCUCCAGAAACUGGAAAGUUGAUCAAUCUGCAGAAAUUCGUUAUAGCUUCGAAUGGUUUCACAGGAGUUUUGCCAAGUGAACUGGGAAAGUUAAUCAACCUGACUGAUAUGAGGAUUAGUGACAAUAACUUCUCAGGCAGAAUACCCGAUUUCAUUGGAAACUGGACAUGGGUAGAAAAACUGCAUAUUCAGGGUUGCACUCUUGAGGGACCUAUACCUUCUAGCAUUUCCGCCUUAACAAGGCUAAGUGAUCUGAGGAUAACUGACUUAAAAGGCAAAGGGUCACUUUUUCCUCCGCUGAGUGAUAUGGAGUCGUUAAGAACACUGACACUGAGGAACUGCUUACUUUAUGGAAGCAUCCCAGAGUAUGUUGGACAUAUGAGAAGAUUGAAGAACCUAGACCUCAGUUAUAAUAACUUGACUGGUGAAAUUCCUGCCUCUUUUGUCCAGCUGGAUAAAGUAGAUUUCAUGUAUUUGACAGGAAACAAACUUACUGGAACUAUACCAGAAUGGGUACCGGGACGAAAUCACAAUCUGGAUAUUUCUUACAAUAAUUUCACUUGGGAUAGCUCAAGUCCCGUGGAAUGUCCCCGAGGAAGCGUAAACCUUGUGGAAAGCUACUCCUCAUCAGCAGAUAAUCAAAAGAUUCAUUCAUGUCUAAAAAGAAAUUUUCCAUGUCAUGCUUCUGGCAACCAACAUCGAUAUUCUUUGCACCUUAACUGUGGUGGAAAGGAAGUAAACAUCAAUGGCCAGAAGUAUGAAGCCGAUAGAGAACAAAGAGGGGCUUCAAUGUUUUACUUAAGCCAGGAUUGGGCAUUGAGCAGCACAGGAAACUUUGUGGACAAUGACAUGGAUGCAGAUACCUAUAUUGAGACCAACACCUCCACUAUCUCCAAUGUCUCCGGGCUGAUUUCGGAAUUAUAUACGACUGCACGUGUGUCUCCCCUCUCUCUCACCUACUAUCGACUCUGUCUCAUGAAUGGAAACUACACAGUCAGGCUUCACUUUGCUGAGAUCAUAUUUACUAAUGACAGAUCAUUUUAUGAUCUUGGAAAGCGCGUAUUUGAUGUCAAUGUCCAGGAAAAGUUGGUACUAAAAGAUUUUAAUAUAGAAGAUGAAGCUGGUGGAGCUGGUAAACCCAUCGUGAAGAAUUUCACUGCUGUUGUCACAAACAAUACGCUAAAGAUCCACUUUUACUGGGCUGGCAAAGGGACAACAGGAAUCCCAGAUAGAGGUUUUUAUGGUCCUCUCAUUUCGGCUAUAUCAGUAGAUCCUAACUUCAAACCGCCUUUGGUUACUGACAAGAAGAACCAUAUCAUAUUAGCAGCGGGGAUAUCGGCUGCUGCUCUAUUUCUUGGCUUGCUUGUUGUGGGAAUUAUGAGAAGGAAGGGCUGGCUGGGAGGCAAAGUCUCCACAGACAAAGAGCUCAGAGAAAUGGAUCUGCAAACAGGUAUAUUCACUUUAAGACAGAUCAAGGCAGCUACGAAAAAUUUUGAUGCUGCAAACAAACUUGGCGAGGGUGGUUUCGGUGCAGUAUACAAGGGCCAAUUAGCAGAUGGUACUGUAAUAGCAGUAAAGCAGCUCUCAUCGAAAUCGAAGCAAGGAAAUCGUGAAUUUCUGAACGAGAUAGGCAUGAUUUCUGCCCUGCAGCAUCCAAAUCUUGUGAAGCUACAUGGUUGUUGUGUUGAAGGGAACCAGUUGAUGCUGAUCUAUGAGUUUAUGGAAAACAAUUGUCUGUCCCGCGCACUUUUUGGGAAGAACCCUUCAAGCAGAUUGAGACUAAAUUGGUCUACGAGGAAGAAAAUUUGCCUAGGUAUUGCUAGAGGUUUGGCCUAUCUUCAUGGAGAGUCGGUGCUAAAAAUUGUACACAGGGACAUCAAGACUAGCAAUGUUUUGCUUGACAAGGACUUCAAUGCUAAAAUUUCUGAUUUUGGAUUGGCAAAGCUUAAUGAAGAUGACAACACCCACAUCAGCACUCGGAUAGCUGGGACCAUUGGUUAUAUGGCUCCGGAGUACGCAAUGCGUGGUUACUUAACCGACAAGGCAGAUGUUUAUAGCUUUGGAGUUGUGGCAUUGGAGAUAGUCAGUGGAAAGAGCAACACAAAUUACCGGCCAAAGGAGGACUUCGUCUACCUUCUUGACUGGGCCUAUGUUUUGCAAGAGAGAGGGAAUCUAUUAGAGUUGGUUGAUCCAGCCUUGGGUUCAGAAUACUUGUCCGAAGAGGCGAUACUAAUGCUAAACGUUGCUCUCUUGUGCACCAAUGCUUCUCCAACACUUCGGCCUACGAUGUCGCAAGUAGUAAGCAUGCUUGAAGGCCGAACCGAAGUUCAGGACCUACUCUCUGAUCCUGGCUUUUCUUCCAUGAAUUCCAGGUAUAGAGGCUCCAAAAAUCACUUCUGGCAAAAUCCAAGUCGUUCCCAAACCGUGUCAGUCAAUGGCUCUUGUACCGAUAGCUCUAGUUCAUACAUUGAAACAGCAGAGAACAGCCAGCUUUUAAGAGUUACUUCAGUUAAAACUGAAGAGUAAAUUACACGCAUAUAAUAGUCAAUGUUUAUGACUUUAUAGGGAUAAAAGGUAUCCAAAUGUACAUGUUGUGUAAAAAGUUUUAAUUCAAUAUUUAUAUUCAUAUAUGGUUGAUAAAA